UUCUUUGACUGAGUGUGACUGAAGAGAUUGAAAAAGUCUGGUGAGAGCGAACGCACUGCAUUCUCGUUGCACUGCACUUUCGUUGCACCACGCCAAUCCCACCAAAAUACCGCCCAACAUGCAGCUUCACAUGGAGAGCACCAUCUUUGGCCAGCUUGUCCGCGCCAUCACGGGUAACAAGGCCUUUCGGUAUCCCGAUGAGCGUGAUCCCUCGCUGUGGGAAAAGUCAAUCCAGCGAGACGAGCCACAACCCCAGCAACAGUCGCAGCAGUCGCCAUCGCCUUCGCAGGACACCAACGGCGCUGGCGACGCGUCCGACAAAGAGGCACAAGACCUCUCAUCUACAGCUACGGAAAAACAACCAGAAAACGGCCAUGGCGACCUUGAUGAUCUCGUGGUAGGCUGGUAUGGCCCGGAUGAUCCAGAGAAUCCUCAGAACUGGCCCAACAGCUUGAAGCAUUUGAUCGCCUUCCAAAUGUGUCUCCUGAACUUCGCGGUGUACAUUGCGAGCUCAAUCUACGUUCCUGGAGAGCCCUAUCUUAUGGAGGAGUUUCACGUCAGUUCCGUUGUUGCAACCUUGGGUCUUUCGCUGUUUACUUUUGGCUACGGCCUCGGUCCAAUGCUGUGGUCGCCUUUGUCGGAACUGCCACAGCUCGGACGGACUGGUAUCUUCUUCUGGACGCUCUUGGCCUUCGUUAUAUUCCAACUCCCCGUCGGUUUCGCCCCAAACAUUGCUUGCUUCCUGUUCUUUCGAUGGCUCACAGGCUUCUGUGGUAGCCCCUGCCUAGCGACUGGCGGUGGUACCAUCAACGACAUAUACCCAGGCCCUACAGUACCAUACCUCCUUUGUCUCUGGUCGUCAGCGGGUAUCAUGGGACCCGUGUUUGGCCCUAUCAUCGGUGGUUACCUUGCGCCCAGCAUGGGAUGGCGGUGGACUAUCUGGGUGUUCACAUUCCUAUGUACCCUUGUGCUUAUUGUCAUGUUCUUCUUGUUUCCCGAGACUAGUGCCGCCAACAUCCUGUACAAACGGGCUAAAAGACUCAGGAAAGCGACGGGGAACAGCCGUUUGAAGAGCCAAACCGAAACAGAGUCUGUCCACUAUUCUCCGAAGGACAACCUACUGCUUCUAGGAAGAGCAUUCGUCCUUACCUUCACCGAGCCAAUCAUCCUCUUUGUCGACAUGUAUGCCGCUCUUCUUUACGGCAUUCUAUUCAUAUGGUUCGAGUCAUUCCCCAUUGUAUUUGGCGAUAUUUACCAUUUCAGUUCUGGCCAACAAGGACUUGUGUUUUUCGGCAUUCUCGUUUUCACAUGCAUAGCUGUUCCAUUCUUCCUCUUGUGGAUCAAGAAGGGUCUCAUACCGCCAAUGAUGUCGGGCAAGUUCAAGCCUGAAAUGGUGUUACCGCCCGCAUUCGUCGGUUGCUUCGCACUCCCCGUUUGUCUGUUCUGGUAUGGUUGGUCGGCAAGAGAGGAUGUGCACUGGAUAGUCCCAGUCAUCGGCUCUGGCUUGUUUGCAAUCUGCAUGGUUACAUUGUUCAACUCGGUCUACAUGUACAUCGGAAUCAUCUAUGCUCCGUCCGCAGCAUCCGUUUUCGCAGGUGCCACUUUGUUCCGCGCCUCACUCGGUGCAGCUUUCCCCCUCUUUGCAAGCUCACUAUUCACUAAGCUUGGUGUUGGUCCUGGCAACUCGCUACUCGGCGGCCUCGCAGUGCUAUUCAUUCCCAUUCCAUUCGUAUUCUAUCGUUAUGGUGAACGAAUUAGAAAAUUGAGCAAGCACGCUGGAUAAUUCAAUAUCAAUAGGGUGGUGAGACUGGAGCUGGGAAGGUAGAUGAUGCCACAGUUCUUUUUUAGUCUUUGUAUCCAUUCCAACAUGUAAUACUGACGGCUGGAAUGCUUUGCCAGCCGUAAUAGCCCUAUGCUUCGCGCGGUGUUCGGUUCUGAUGCCGACCAAUCCACGACA